GGAGCUCAGAGCACAAUGGGACCUCCUCUUCCCCCAAAGGCCAGCGGAAGGUGCCCGCAUGCGCAGAACUACCUGCCGGGGCCUUGGCCUCACGUGAUCCCGCGCUCCCGGUUGCCGACGCUUUUCAGCUGGUGCCACCCGGUCCCGGAACGAAAUGACCGUUUGAAGCCACGGAUUCGCUCCACGAUCGAGGGUGAGGUUGGUGUUGGUAGGGGCCGGCGGGAACAGCAGACAGCCGCCAUGUCGAGCGGGACGGACACAGAGAAGGCGAAGCCAUUCAAGCUUCUAGGAAUAUUGGAUGUGCAGAACACUCCAUGUGCUCGAGAAUCUGUUCUGUAUGGAUCCGCUGGUGCUAUAGUAGCUGGACUUGGUCACUUCCUAGCAACAAGCAGAGUAAAGCGGUCUUUUGACUUUGGUGUGGGGGGCUUUCUACUUACAACUUUGGGAACUUGGAUGCUCUGCAGGUACCAGAAUGCAAAACUACGAAUCCAGCAGCGAAUGGUGCAGGAAGGUAUGAAAAACAAGUUGACAUUCGAAGGAACUGAAAUGGAUCCUACCCGAAAAUCAGAUAAAAGCAACAAAAACAGCCAUGGAAGUAACUCAUAGACUAUUGGCCCUGACAGCAAUGUGGUUUGGAGCCAGAAAGUUUUAAUUACUAGCGAGUUCAAAGAAUCAACUUUCCUACCUUGGCUGUACUUCCAAUCCUGCUUGUUUAAGGAAACUGAGAGUUUUUCCAGAAUUGGAAUAUCUAACAUAUAAGUAAUUUGGCCCUAUAUAAGGGGAAACGACCAAGAUAACAUUCGGCUCUGUUUUGAUGUUAAGUAUUUAUUAUUACCAUGACAAGGUAAUGAACAAUUUCUAGAUGUCAUAGUCUAAUUUUGAAUGUUUUAUGUAAACUGACAAUUUGGAUGUACAAUCUCUUUCUUUUUGCAAAUUUGUUGAAAGCUAAAACAGGUUGACAUGUUUAAAACCAUCUUCGAGACUUGCACAGAAUUGGGUCAUCAUUUCAUUUUGGCUUCUUGGUUGGAAUUAUGGCAAUGAGUGUAAGCUGGUGAAUUUGUUUGGAAAAUGCAAACCAGAGGAGGCUUUUAGCUCCUUAACCCCUUCCCCGGCGACUUAUUUUGGAGAAAACGUUUCAUUUUUAGACAAAUUUUUUUAUUGCUGUUUUUUUUAUAGUAUUUUUAAUGCUGAUUAUGGAAAUAACUUGUUUUUAUCUAUUUCCAAUAUUUUACUUGAAAUUUUAUUUUGAAGAUACCAUUUUCGGCAAAAUAAAUUGGUCUUUCAAGCAGUUCAUCUUUCGACCAGUUCAUUUCUUGAUCUGGCAUUUUCACAAUACCCCCAAGCAUUUUCAAGGCGAAAGACACACAAAUUUCUGCCUUUGUUACAGGGUGCCACAUACAAUCUCUUUCUCCAGUUUGUUCAGCAAAGCGAUUAGUUUCGUCCACAACUCGAUCAAUAAUUCUGUUGUCACAUAAAAGACUAAAAAUAUCAAAAGGAGUCAUAUCAGCUGUGUCUUGAUCAAUUGAUAUUCCAGGAUUUCCAGUGAAUGGGAAGCGUGGUGGUGGAGGAAGCAUGCAUUCUUCUGACACCACAUGUCGACACCAAAUUCAUCCCUCCUCCUCCUCCUCCUCCUCCUCCUCCUCCUCACUUGAGAUAGAAUAGCCAUUAUCAGACGAGCUUGCACUCUCAUCUGAUGUAUCCAAGCUUCUAAUAGAAGGUUCAUACUCAUUGUCAUCUUCUGAGCUCGACAUCUGGGCGUAAAAAAAAACACAGAAAAAACCGAAUGACAGUGUGUGCCCAAAAGUGGUGCGUCGACGCUUCUUGCAAUGCCUGAGGCGGAAGAGACACAGCUACCAGACGUAUGAGUCACCGAGUAUACUCAUUUCUAGCUGAGAAGGGCCCAGAAAUGCCGAGAAUUGACGUAUAAACUCGUCUGUGGCUGUUUUUGAAAUUAUAUGUUUUGGAUGAGUUUACUCGUCGCACUCUGAAAAAGACAAAUUGAGUGAAGUCAAGUUAACUCGUCUUUGCUGGGUAAGGGGUUAAGUCUGUUUCACCACUUAUUGAGAUCAUUGUCUGAUCCACCUGCCUGAACUCUCUAUUCUUUUAUAACUUUGUCUGAUAAAUAGCUGUUGACCCCACAUUUUAAAAUAAUGAUUGAAGAAGCAUCCACUGCUUUUUAUAGAGGAGCAUUCCACUCUUCUACCAGCCUUUGUGUGAAACGUUUCCUAUAUUCUCUCCUGAAUUGCCGAGAUCUGAUUUAAGCUCAAUGUCACCUUCCCCUAGACAGAGAAACGGUUCACUUUAUCUAUGUUUCUUCACAUUUCUGCCUGAAGGUAGUUCCAACCCACAAUGUUGGGAUCUCUGCUACAGAAGGAAGGCAUGUCAUGAAACCUCCACAGACAGAAUAUGAAUUGAAACCGAUGCUUUUGCCACUGAGCUGAUCGACAGUGUCCUAGAGCUAACUAAGCUAAAAGACAUGAUGACCUCUUUGGACAUUCAGUUGCAUUACCAUUGCAGGAUGUCCCACUAUCAACAUCUCUAUAGUUACAAUUAACCAGAAGCUUAACUGGACCGGCCUAAUAAAUACUGCGAUACAAGAGGCAAUCAGAGGCUAAAAUUCUGCAGUGAAUAACUUGCCUCCUUUCUCCACCCUCCUUGAUGAGCACGCUCAAAGCUCGAUACUAUCCAGGACAAAAACAACCCAUCCAGCAACUUCAACAUUCACUACUUUCACCAAGGUGCACAGUCACAGCACUGUACCAUUUACAAGAUGCACCGCAGUAACUCACCCAGGUUUCUUUGAUGAUGCCUUCUAAACCCACUUGUAUCCACUUGUAAAUUCCUGUACAAACCACACAUUUUAACUUUGAACUAUACUGCCAUCCCUUCUGUGUUGUCAGGGUCAAAAUCCUAGAACUGCCUUCGAAAGAGCACUCUGGGUGUACCAAAUCCCCACAGAUUUCAUUAGGUCAAAAAGACAACUCACCACCACCUUCUCAAAGGCCAUUAGACUGAGCAAUAAAUGCUAGCAUAGCUAGCAAGACACAUUUCCGAUGAAUAAUUGUUUUCAAAAAUCAGAUCAUCUUUCGAGUUUCUAUACUCCAGGUUAUAUAGUCUUAGUUUAUCAAAUGGCAGCAAUCAGACUUGGUGCAUGUGGCAACUAUAAGGACUUUAUAAAGAUUUGGAAACUUGUUUCUGAAAGCUUCUAACAGUUUUGAGGGACUCAUCAGUGUUUCUGUUCAAAUUUUCAUUGUUGUCCCAGUCAACUGGUGCCAUUUUGAAUCAUUGAUCUUGUUUAGACUGUUAUCUUUAUUCAUUUCCAUUGUUCUUGGGGUCAAUGAAAAUGGGGGAUAGGUGAGAGGAAUCCUUGAAGUGUGUUUGGAAUUCCCUCUCCACAGUCUGUGCAGAUAAAUAAUUACAAGGGAGGAUCCUUCAGUGCCAACCAAGCUCUGCAAACCUUGAAGGGAGUGGACCAACUCUCUUGAUGUUACAAUCUCCUAAAAUAAGUGCGGGCUUGCUUUGAAAUCUCACAUUCCGAUCCUUAGAGGUAAUUGAAAAAAAGUGCUAGCAAAACUUUGCAGGUCCGACAGCAUCUGUGGGGAGGAUAGAAGUAAAGUUUUGAUUCAAAUAUAACUUAUUUGGACUGAGUUUGAGUUUCAAAGGAGAAUUGUAUAGGAGUCAACAUUAACUUCCCAUUGAUUCCAAUCAAAUGCCAAAAAUGAAUUGCGUUGGACUCCAGUGUUAACUCAGCUUUUCUCUCACCACAAAUGCUGAUGCACCUACUGGCGCUUUCUGUUUUUAUUUCAAAUGUCCAUCAUAUCGAGUAUAUUUCUUUUAUCUUAGGGUAGUUUACCCAAUCUUCCAGGAUUGCACCAUUGAGCUGAAUAAUAGCUCUGCUAAAGGGCCAAUAAGGAAGAAUGAAUUGGUAUCUUUCCCUGAGCAAUCCAAAAACCAUUAAAGGUAUUCAGGAAUUUCAAGACUUCCUCGUUGUUUAAAACUCAUGCCCUUUACUUUGUAGCCUGACAUCUCUGUCUACAGAACGUCAUUAUGUUGGACAGAAACUUGACCUAAUUGAUAGUGUUGCAGAUAUGCCUUAAAUAAAAAGUGAACUUGUAAAUAUGUGACGCUUUUCAGGAUGUUUCAAAGUGCUUGACAGUUGAAGAAGUAUUUUUCAAGUGUUGUGGGGACACUGUAUCUGUACCUACUCAAUGUCCACAAUUUUGCAUUUGAGUUUUCCAUGAAACAUAUUGAUGAAUAAUGCUGUAACAGGACUGGUUUUUGUGCUUUUCUUUCCUGAUUGAAUCAUCAGCCUGUUCUCACAUCCCUUAAUGGCAGAAAUUGCAUCUAUGGUUACGUGCACCUUCACACCAGCUCCUAUAGCAUAGUUACAAAUUGAGCAAAGUCUCCAAAAGCUCAUUUCCUCCUAAUGCUUUUAUAAAGACAUUGUAAUUUGAAUUGGUGUUCAAUUAUUCCUUUGUCAUUGUACAAAUGGACGGCUAAGCAAUGUCACCUGAUCCCUUGCAGUGACAUAGCAAUAAAUUAGAUGCGCCA